AUGAAAUUCCUAAUCUUGAUCUUCUUGCUUUCAUCAACUCAAAAAUUGGUUUCAACUGAAACCGCCGCUGAAAGAGCUGGCAUCGAUUUGCUAAUCUACAUGUUUGAGUGCGAAUCGCAAAGAAAUCCCGAAUUCGUCCAUGCUGAUUACGAAGCGAUUGAUAAAUUUGGAGUGAUCUCUCAUAAAAGCGAAGCGGACAAAGAAAUCCUGGCAUUAAGUGAUUCGGACAUCGCUAAAAGAGUGGGGGUUUUGGGAAUGUUGAGAAACUUGACUCUUCCAUUGGCCAUUCCCGUCGCUUUUCCAUUCACAUUCGAGUUCACCAAAGACGCUAUGCUAUAUGUCAAGGACCAUGAAAAUGAGAAGCUCAAAAGUUUAUUGUUGUAUAAACGUGACACUACUGUGAAAGGGGGCUACAAAGCGUAUCGAUACGUUGAAAUUGCCUGA